AUGAAGUCCAGCAACCUCUUGGCCCUGACGGUGUUCCUUGUCCUUGGGACACUGGUGGUAGAAGCAGCUGUCGUUGGAGUUCCAGGCAAAGGUAAACAACCCGUCAAAGGUCAUGCCUUGGUCAAAGGACAAGAUUUGGUUAAAGGACAAGUUCCAGUUAAAGGUCAAGAUCCAGUCAGAGGGCAAGGUCUGGCCAAAGGUCCAGUCCUCUAUAAGGCUGGCUCUUGCCCCAAGAUUUUGAUCCAGUGUGCCAUGUUAAAUCCCCCUGACCGCUGUUGGAGUGACGCUGGGUGCCCAGGGACCAAGAAGUGCUGUAUGGGCUCUUGCGGAAGGGCCUGUUUGGACCCCCGGUGA